GAGGUCCAUCAUUGGUAGUUUUUCCAUGAUUGGUUAUUAAUGACAAGGUAACAAUUUUUUAAGGAGAUCAAAGACCCUUUGAGAAAAAGACAGACGGGAACGACCGAAGAGAGCCAAUAACAAUCAACAAAUCGGCUCCUGUAGUAAAUUUAGAUCAUGGAGGCUCAAAUUUCGGAACAUGGACAGAUAAUUGAGGUGUGUGGAGAUGUUUCAGCAAUGGGAGCAAGCUCGGGUGGGAAUAAGAUAUGUGGGGAAGCACCAUGUGGAUUCUCAGAUGCCAAAUCCAGCUCUAAAGAUUCAAAAGAACGUUCGGCCUCCAUGAGAAAACUUUUGAUUGUAGUUGUGCUGUGUGUCGUCUUCAUGAGCGUAGAAGUCGUUGGAGGAAUCAAAGCAAACAGUCUUGCAAUCUUGACAGAUGCUGCUCACUUAUUGUCAGAUGUUGCAGCCAUUGGGAUAUCCUUGUUUUCGCUUUGGGCAUCAGGAUGGGAGGCAACGCCUCGCCAAUCUUAUGGCUUCUUCCGGAUUGAAAUACUUGGUGCUCUUGUUUCUAUCCAGUUGAUUUGGCUUCUUACUGGAAUCCUUGUUUAUGAAGCCAUUGCUAGACUAAUCCAUGAUACUGGCGAAGUUCAGGGCUUUCUCAUGUUUCUUGUUUCUGCAUUUGGGUUAGUGGUUAAUAUUGUCAUGGCACUUUUAUUGGGUCAUGAUCAUGGUCACAAUCACGGCCAUGGCCAUGACCACGGACUUGGUGGGGAUAACCAUGGCCAUAGGGAUCAUGGUCAUAGCCAUGAGGAUCAUCACCACCACGGACACGAAGCUGAUCAUAGUGAACCAUUGCUUGGGACUAGUUCAGAGGGAGAAAAAAAUUCAAACAAUGGACCAAGGCAGAAGAAGCAGCGGAACAUCAAUGUACAAGGGGCUUAUCUUCAUGUACUUGGGGACUCCAUUCAAAGCGUCGGGGUGAUGAUCGGCGGGGCGAUUAUAUGGUAUAAGCCGGAGUGGAAGGUCAUUGAUCUAAUAUGCACUCUCAUAUUCUCAGUCAUAGUGUUGGGGACAACGAUCAGGAUGUUGCGGAACAUCUUAGAGGUUUUGAUGGAGAGCACCCCCAGAGAGAUUGAUGCCAUCAAACUGGAGAAAGAUCUGUACGAUAUGGAUGAGGUUGUUGCCAUCCAUGAAUUGCACAUUUGGGCCAUAACUGUUGGGAAAGUAUUGUUGGCUUGUCAUGUGAAAAUAAAGCCUGAAGCUGAUGCUGACAUGGUGUUAGACAAGGUUGUUGACUACAUUAGGAGAAAGUACAAUAUCAGUCAUGUGACCAUUCAAAUUGAGCGCCAGUAGAUCAGGGGUGAGAAUUUCAGUGAUUACUGUCGAUGUAUUUUCUUUAUAUUUUAUAUAUCUAGCAGUCAUUUUUUCUUUCUCUA